AAGACUGGUGAGCGGUUUAACAGCACGUGAAUGUCCGCCAUUGUGUUUUGACAGUGACGAUUGCACCAACACAAAACGCAAAAGUCAAAUCACAUGAUUUAAAGGUUAAGUUUGUGCAAAAUACAUUAAUUUAUCAAUUUUCGUAUUAAAUCAUUUAUUAAGUUAAAGUUAUGAGCACCAAAGAAGAAGUAUGCAUGCUCCUAGACAAACUCACCUUAGAGAUGCUCCAUCUAAUGGAACAAGAAGUCCAAUGUAAAAUAAAUAUAGAAAAAACCACCAAAGACGCCAGUGUCGAAUUAGCAAGAGCCCGAUACGUUAAAGGGCAACAGACAGUCUCAGUUCUACAAUUACCUACUGAAAAAAGCACAGAAUUCGAUGCUUUAUCCGUUGUCACGCAGGAUGAUGAUGAGAGCGAAGAUUUAAGUGACAAAGUCGACUUGAGAACUCGCCCAGCAGACAAGGAGAAAGGAGAAAUUGAUCCUUUGAAAUGGUUCGGGGUCUUGGUUCCUCAAAGCUUGCAAAGGGCACAAAAACUAUUUAAACAGUCAUUAGAAUAUGUAGUUGAGUGCCGCAAUGUGCAAGGGCAAUUGCAUAGUGCUAUUGAAGGUUUAUUCGCUUUAAAUGCACUGAAAAAGACUCUAUAGUAAUAGAUAAUGUUUCUUAUAUAAAUUUAACUAUUGUGUAAAGAAUAUUUUAUAGUGACAAAGUAUAAUUAAACUUA